CACAUGAUUUAUUAUUUUGUAAGUUUCUAACAAUGCCGAUGACGCGAAACGUUAGGAUGAUAUGUUGAUGCAAUUUAGCCAUUUUCACUCGGCGUUCAACUCAGUGAAACAGACCCGUGGACAGAUACGCAGUGUCCUGUCUACCUGAAUUGAUUUCAAACGUGGCUAACCGGCUGCACCAGGUGGACAGGGACAACAAUAUGAUGUUGAAUUACUGAACUGCAUUUGUUUUUCCUGAUGCAUAUGGGCACCACGUGCUCUACAAAGCUGUCAACUCCACGGAGGUUUUCUUUGGAGCCCUCCCGUGACAAGGAAAAGCGAGCUGUGUUGACGAUAUUUUUCAAAACUAUGAAGAGACCAUUUGUCCUUUCAGUUUGUUCUCUUGCGUUUCUCUCCUCCUCAGUAUCCUGCCAUUCAAGACUUCCAAAGAUUGUGUCUUACCCAGGAAACCCUUUUAUUGGCAAGGGAAAAGGAAAUGCAACUCUGUUGUGGAAGUUCGAGCUGCGGCCCACAGAGACAUGGAAAAAUUCUAUUAUUGAGGUGGUUUUCGGUGUCUGGAAGUAUCCUGGAUUCCUCAAGGAAAAACUUCUGCUCAUCAACAACACUGGUGGAGAAAAAAUACGAGAAAACUAUGAGAAAAAGAUAAGCUGUAACUUUGACAUGUCUCUCUUGCAAGUGGCAUUCACUUUGCAUGAUUUGGAUAAAGACGAUGAAAAUGAGUAUGGCAUUCAAGUUGAGUUUGGUCUGAGUCGAGCUCCCUUAACGGAUAGUGUCAAGCUUCGUCUUGAAGAUCCACCAAAAAUCAACACUCCUCAACAAAGAAACAUCUCCGUUAGGGAUGGUGAUCCACUGGUGAUUAAAUGUCUUGCAAGUGGAUUUCCGACACCAAACAUAACGUGGAAAAAACAUGGGAAAACUAUUGGAAACCAAGCUCUUUAUUUCAUUUCUAUAAAGACAUUUGACAGCGGAGUUUACCUGUGUGAAGCUCAUAACCAAGCAGGCAAAGACAGCACGGAAAUCACUGUCAGAGUUGAGGAUUCUGACAAUCUUGAGUUCCCAACAACGCAGAGAGUUCGUGAUUCGCCACCAGGAACAUCAAAAGUUACUAGUCCUGUCUGGAUAAUCUGCUUAGUGGCCAUUUCUGGAUUGCUUAUAAUACUUAUUCUGUUAACACUCUCAGAAAUAAUGUAUCGCUCUCGAAGACGUCGCAAGAAGAAGAUACCUUAUAAGAAGCAAACUGACUUUAAAGGAUCUCAUGAAUCUUUUUCUCCUAUUACUGAACUGUAGCCAGUGUUAGGCAUUCAGAAACAUUAACAGACAUUCGUCUGAUAUAGGUUAUAUCUGACCAUGUAGUUGACCGCAAAAACUCGCUAUACUUUUAAAGUUAAAAUUUAGUCAUAGAAGUAUAAGAAGCUUGAUUUGGCAGAGUGUCAUGAUCUGCUGCUAAUGCACACUAAUUAUAUCAAAAUGUCGAGCUUCUUUUAUUUUAAGCUUCGAAGAUACCGCACUGGGAGUUCUCUUGCAGUUUCCAAGCAUUCUCUCACAGAAGAAGGAGGGUAGAAAAAGAGAAUUCUAGAAUUAACUCCGACUAUUCAACCGAUGUUUUAGGGAUAUACGUCGACGUAGUUCAACUUUCAGUUUGAUCGAUCCACUGACAUCGGAUUUACGGAAGACCGAAGCUGAUUGAGCGAGGCCGAAGGAGGCGCAGUCGAUCGAUGCAAAUAUCACGAACGUGUCCACAUGUACGCGAUUGGCAAUUUUGAAGUGUAAUCGUCGCAGAUUAGAGAGCUAUUUUGCAGCGAAAAACCCCUAACUAGCCGAAUUAAGUUGCCUUUCACUUUUAACUUCUACGAGGAAGCGAAAAAAGAUUUGUUGGAUAGUUUCCCACCUCUUCCGUACACCAGCCAUUCUCAAGAUUUCUGAGAACGAAGGGAAAGAAAGUGACUUUAAUAAACCCAGACUCGUCAAAUGGAAUUUGAAGUUAUUUUACUUUAGAAGUAAACAAUUACUCAAACUUGCAUCUCA